AUGAUUUUUUUGAUAACAACUUCAUUUGCCGACCAGGUGGGCCUGGCUGCUCAAUUUAUUACUCGCGUGUACUGUGUUCUUUUUUGCCACAUUACAGACAGUACAGACAUUGUGGACUGCCGACUGAAGCUCAUUCUAGGUCUGAUUUGGACGCUCAUUCUGCACUACUCCAUCACCUUGCCGCUCUGGGAGGGAGAAGAAGACAACCAGGGUGGACAGGGUCCCACGCCCAAGCAGCGUCUCCUUGCCUGGCUGAACUCCAAGUUGGCUGAUCGUCCAGUAAAGAACUUCACCACGGACUGGAACGACGGCACUGCCAUUGGUGCCCUGGUGGACUCCUGUGCGCCCGGUCUCUGUCCGGACUGGCGUGACUGGGAGCCGAAACAGAAGCUGCGCAAUGCGCAGGAGGCCAUGAACGCGGCUGAGCAGUGGCUCGAUGUGCCCCAGCUAAUUCGGCCC